AUGGAGUCCAUGUCGCGCCGCCCGUCGCAGCGCCAGAACAACGAUCACAGUCCUCCAGAAUCCUCGACCCAAGCCACCUCGUCCCUCCAAGAAUCCAGCGUGCUAGUCGACCAUCCGUCUCCCGAAGCGCGGUCGACCCCACAACUACCAGACGACAACGACCUGAAGAAAUGCUGGAUCUGUUUCUCAGACGAGAGUGAAGAUGGUCCCGAGACGUCGGCGUGGAGAGAUCCUUGCCCUUGUGCCCUGGUAGCACACGAGGCUUGUCUGCUCGACUGGAUUGCCGACAUGGAGUCUCCCACUACCCGCAAACGCACCCUCGGUCCACCCGCCAUCGUAUGUCCCCAAUGCAAGGCAUCCAUUCAGCUAGUACGCCCACGAGAUCCUAUCGUCGAAGUCGUCAGAGCGCUCGAGAGAGUUGCUGCCAAAGCCGUAGCCCCAGCCGCCCUGACAGUUGCCUUCAGCGCUGUUGUUCAUGCUUGUGCUGUUCAUGGUCUCUAUACCGUCACCUCCAUAUUCGGCCCUCAAGACUCAAGACGCAUCCUACAACCUCUGAUCGACAACAUCUGGACUGCAGCCCGCCCCAUCGAUCAGCUGCGCAACUUCAUGCAGCACUGGCGCCUUCGCAUUGGUCUGCCUCUCAUCACCCCACUCCUCAUCCUCUCCCGCACCACUCUCGCCGACUCCAUCCUCCCUGUCCUUCCCAUCGUCUUCUUUGCGACUCAAGGUGAUACCUCCGAUACUCUCGACAUGAUUUCGUGGCCGCCGUCAGCAAGCAUGACCUUUGCAGUCCUCCCGUACAUUAGAUCCGCCUACAACACAUACCACCAACGCGUCUGGGCUGAGAGGGAGAAGAAGUGGCUUAAGGAGAUUCAACCUAGAAGUGGUCAGCAGGAGGCGGAUGCAAAUGCUCAACUCGCCGUUGAUGCAGAGAUGGAGGCUGCCGAGGAAGACAACAACUUUGAGAUCAGAAUAGAUGGCAACAUUUGGGAAGACUGGGCAGGCGCUGAGGAUGAUGAUGUUCUGUUGGAAGUGCAGGAAGGUCAAGCACAUCCUCUCAACGCUCCGCCAUUGCCUGAUGAUGCUCCGCUGCCUCAAGGCCAGAACCAGAACAUACCACAACAACCACAACCACCCCGACCCCAGCAGAACCCUCCCCCAUUACCGCCACAAAAUAGGGAAGAACGUCUGCUCUCCUUCAGCACAAACUCACUCGCACAAACCAUCAUGUCUGCGCUUCUAUUUCCCACAAUCGCUUCAGUAUCCGGCGAUCUACUCACAUACAUCCUACCACGCUCAUGGACUACACUUCCUGCGUCAAAAUGGGGUAUGGGUAGAGGUAGGGCCACAGGUCUCCUUCAGAACAAAUGGGGCAGGAGUGUCGUAGGAGGAUGUCUGUUCGUGGUCGUCAAGGAUGCUGUCAUGCUCUAUGUCAGAUGGAAGAUGGCGAGACAGCACCAAAGAAGACAUGUGGUUGACUAUGACAGGAAGAACAAGAAGUAA